UUUGGUCUACUUAUAUGACGUCAUAAGGUUGCGCCGCGGACCCACAUCUUGUUUUUCAGUCGGAGAAAGGGUAAAACUGCUGAAGCGACUGAGCUCAGACUGUUGUAAACAUGGAGUUUAUUAAAGAGGAGAGUGAAGACAUCAAGAUUGAAGAAACAUUCCCUGUCAAACAUGAAGAGAUUGAAGAAUUCAUAAUCAAAUAUGAAGAUCCUGAGGAACAAACAGAAGACCUGAUACCACCUAAAGAGGAGGGUCAAGAUCAGAAUGAAAUGGAAGAGAAUGAUCAGUUUGAGGAAUAUUGUGACUUCACACCUGAAGAAGAUUCAGAACAGACAAAUACCUCUUCAGAAGAAACAGCCCGCAAGGCCAAAUCUAAUACCUGCCAUCAGUGUGGAAGGAGUUUCACCCGUAAACAGUACCUAAUAGAACACAUGACAAUUCACAAUGGAGAAAAGCCUUACACUUGCCAACAGUGUGGAAAGAAUUUCACUUGGAAACAAAACCUGAAAAUCCAUAUGAGGACUCACACUGACGAGAAGCCUUACACUUGCCACCAGUGUGGGAAGAGUUUCGCUCGAAAUCAAAACCUUUCAAAACACAUGGGUGUUCACACCGGAGAAAAGCCUUACACGUGUGAGUGCUGUGGAAAGUGUUUUACUCGGCAACAAAACCUUACAGGACACAUGAGGGUUCACACCGGAGAAAAGCCUUACACUUGCCAACACUGUGGACAGAAUUUCACUUGGAAACAAAACCUUACAGGACAUAUGAGCAUUCACACCGGAGGCAAGGCUCACGCCUGCAAUCAGUGUGGAAAAAGUUUCACUCGGAAACAAAACCUUGUCGACCAUAUGAAGAUUCACACUGAAGGAAAGGCUCACACCUGCCAUCAGUGUGGAAAGAGUUUCACUCGGAAACAGAUCCUUACAGAACAUAUGAGGACUCACACUGGAGAAAAGCCUUACACUUGCCAACAGUGUGGGAAGAGUUUCGCUACUAAAGCAUACCUUAAAAGACACAAGAGAGUUCACACUGGAGAGACAAACCUUACACCUGCCAACAGUGUGGACAGAGUUUCAGAUAUAAACAUUAUUUUGAUUCCCAUGUGAAGAUUCAUAGUAGAUAAAGCUUCACGCCUGUGGACUGUGUGGUAAGAGCGUUACAUGCAUGAAAUGUCACACAUGGAGAUUGUCAUACUCAUUUACUCUAAAACUAUGUAUAAGUGUGUAUGUUUUACAUAGGUCGCUGUGUUAGAGUAGCUUAAUAAACCUGUGUUAUUUUU